AUGUAUUUGCGAUUGAAUGUACAAAGAGAAGUUCUCCUUUUGUUUCUUUACACUGUUAUUUGCAAUUUAGCUUUAAUGAAUGCAGGAGCCACUUUAGGUUACUCCUCCGUAGUACUUCCAGUACUGACAAGUAAUAUGUCAUCAAUAACUUUAAACGCAAUGGAAAUCCCUUUUUUCGCUUCUACGGUAUCUAUCACCCAAACUAUCGGUUGUCUCUUAUGCCUUAUUAUAAUGAACUAUGGAAGACGAUGUACCAUGAUAAUAUGUGGUGUAAAUUUCUCUUUGGGAUGGAUCCUCAUUGCGAGUAGUUAUAAUGUGAUACAGCUCUUCAUCGGUAGAAUACUAACAGGAAUUGCCAUGGGUAUAUGCGCAGCUUCUGUUGAAAUAUAUUUAGCAGAAAUCUCUAUUGCUUCAUGGAGAACAGUCAUUACAGUUACACCGAAAAUAGCUCUUACCAUCGGAAUUCUGAUCGUUUAUCUUCUAGGAUUUGUUAUACAGAAUAACUGGAGACUAAUAGCAGCAUUUUUUAUCAUACCCUCCAUAUUGUUUGUCCUAUGCAAUAUUUUCUUCAUCCACGAGAGCCCUGAAUGGUUGCUUUUGAAAGGUCGAAAGGAAGAAGCUAGGAUUGCUCUACUUUGUAUCCGUGGUCUGCGUCAGGAAACUGUAGAGUUCCAUGAAGAGUUUGUCCAAAUGACAAACUAUAUCGAGUCCUCAAAUAAAUUUGAAAUAUCUCAAAAUUGUCGAAUAGAUCUCUCCUUGACUAAAGAAACCGGACACAGGUCGUUUCUUAUCUGGAAUGUGUGGAACAUGCUAAAGAAAUUCCGGAGAACGAUCCUUCUACCAGAAGUGUGGAAACCUUUUGUGAUAUUAAAUCUUUAUUUACUUUUUCAGAAGCUUUGUGGGCUGUAUGUGAUUAUAUUUUAUACUGUUGAUAUUAUCACCAGGAUGAAUAUAACAACAGAUCCCUUUCUCAUCACUGUAAUAGUAGGAAUAAUUCAACUAGUAGGCAAUGUAAUUACCGCGUGCUGUAGCAAAAGAAUUGGACGUCGAACUAUUACAAUUGUAUCUGGUAUUGGUAUAUCGAUCUCUUUGGGUACUUUAGCAGUUUACCUACAGUUCUUUGAGGACAUUGGUGUUGCAACUAUUCCCAUUGUUUGCAUACUUCUCUAUGUGGGUUUUGGAUCAUUUGGAUUUUUUUCGAUUCCUUGGUCCAUGAUUCCGAAACUGUAUCCUACCAAGUAUGUAAACGUUCUCGGACAGCUUACUACUUUCAUUUCUCUUGUGGGCAGCUAUAUCGUCGUACAAUUGUAUCCAAUAAUGAUAACACAUGAUAGAGAUGCUACCAUUUAUUUUUACUGCAUAAUGUCUGUCAUUGCUACUUUUUUUCUAAUGUUUACGUUACCGGAGACACUAGGAAAGACGAAAACACAGAUAGAAGAAGCUUUUAAGGGCAAGUUGCAGAUAGAUGAAACCAUUAAAAAAAUUGAAGAUACAUAA